AUGACGACCGCCUUUCCGCAAGCGAACACUUUAUUCAUCAGAAUCUGGAAUUUUCUGAGCUUCCGUUUCCGAACCCAAAACCCUUCAAAAAACCCUCCAUUCCCAUCCCUUUCUACUGUUCGAUCAGCUGCCGGAGAGAAAAUGGUCGACAAGAAGCGGAAGAGAGGCCGCAAGAACAGCAUAUCCGCCACAGAUGAGACGCUGGAAAUCCUAGAUCACCAGCACCCCGCCACCUCUCCCUCCAGCGCCAGUAACCCUGGCAUUUCUGUGCCAGCUGCCGCGGCGGAGCCCCCUGUGAAUUCCCGCGCCUCUGCCUCCCGAAACCGCGGCCGGAAGAAGCCAAGGGGCAGCUCCCCGGAGAGGCGGAGCUCCCGCCUCGCCGAGCUGAACGGGGACUGCUCCGCGCCCGUGACGGCCGACGAUGAUGAGCGGGUGGAGCCGCCGCCUCCGCCAAUGCCGAACUGGGAGACCGUGGCGAGGGUGGUUCCCGCCAUGGACGCUGUGGUGAAGGUGUUCUGCGUCCACACGGAGCCCAACUUCUCUCUCCCGUGGCAGCGGAAGAGGCAGUAUAGCAGCAGCAGCAGCGGGUUUAUAAUAGGCGGGAGGAGAGUGCUUACUAAUGCUCAUUCGGUUGAGCACCAUACUCAGGUGAAGGUCAAGAAGCGCGGCUCCGAUACGAAGUACUUGGCCACCGUGCUUGCCAUUGGGACCGAGUGCGACAUCGCAAUGCUAACAGUCAGCAGUGAUGAGUUCUGGGAAGGUUUGACUCCUGUGGAAUUUGGAGAGCUUCCUGCUCUCCAAGACGCUGUGACCGUCGUAGGCUACCCAAUUGGCGGCGACACGAUCUCUGUCACGAGUGGUGUUGUCUCGCGUAUGGAGAUACUAUCCUACGCUCAUGGGUCGACUGAACUGUUGGGAGUGCAGAUAGAUGCCGCUAUUAAUUCAGGAAAUUCAGGUGGUCCUGCAUUUAAUGAUAAGGGAAAGUCUGUGGGGAUCGCAUUUCAGUCUCUUAAACACGAAGAUGUUGAGAAUAUUGGUUAUAUCAUACCAACUCCAGUCAUUAUGCAUUUCAUUCAUGACUAUGAAAAGAACGGAGAAUACACAGGGUUUCCCAUUCUUGGAGUUGAGUGGCAGAAGAUGGAAAAUCCUGACUUGCGGAAUUCAGUAGGGAUGGGCCCUGACCAGAAAGGUGUGCGUAUAAGGAGAAUUGAACCAACGGCUCCGGAAUCUAAUGUUCUAAAGCCAUCAGAUGUAAUUCUUAGUUUUGAUGGUGUCAAUAUAGCCAAUGAUGGAACAGUCCCUUUUAGACACGGAGAGCGUAUAGGAUUCAGCUAUCUGGUAUCCCAAAAGUAUACAGGGGACAAAGCUCUAGUUAAAGUUCUCCGAAAUUCGGAAAUUCUUGAGUACAACAUCAAGCUUGCGACUCACAAGCGGCUUAUCCCUGCACAUAUCAAAGGAAAACCCCCUUCGUAUUAUAUAAUUGCUGGUUUUGUUUUUAGUGCUGUGUCAGUGCCAUACUUGCGAUCAGAGUACGGAAAGGAUUACGAAUUUGAUGCUCCUGUCAAGCUAUUGGACAAACUUCUCCAUGCAAUGGCAGAAUCUGUGGACGAGCAGCUUGUUGUUGUGUCUCAGGUGCUUGUGGCAGAUGUGAAUAUCGGAUAUGAGGACAUUGUUAACACACAGGUCCUUGCAUUCAACGGCAAGCCUGUGAAGAACUUGAAGAGGUUAGCAGAUAUGGUGGAGAGCUGUGAAGAUGAGUAUCUGCAGUUUGACCUUGAUUACCAACAGAUAGUCGUUCUAAAGACCAAAACUGCCAAAGUAGCGACUCCAGAAAUUCUCACCACCCAUUGUAUACCGUCUGCGAUGUCUGAUGAUCUUAGAACUUAGAAAAAAAUUGCAGUAGCUACUCUCAUACUCAGCCGUAUGCUCAAUGUGGAACCCAUCUAAAGCUGAAGAGAAUGUUAUAGCUAUCAGAAAUUGGUCUGAUUCAAUUUUGCAUGUCGAGGUAUGGGCUAAGGCUAGGCUUUGUAGGAGCACAAGAUGAGGUUUCAUGAAUCGAUACCAUACGAAUGACACUGCUAGGAAAGAAGCAAUGGGAUGUAAAACUAGGACUAUGCGAUGUUGAUUUCAUCCUAUUACUUUUUCCGAUCCUUUAUACAAGGGAAUUUGAGCUGAUUAUAUAUGUAAUCUCAUUACUGAAGUUUCGUUGGGUGAUGAAUUAAAUUUACGUUACAUUUGUUGUUA